AAGAUGGGCAAAGUUCCGCUUUUAAUUUUCAAAUCCGGUUCAACUAGUCGGAUUCGACCCGACCCAAUAAAACAAAGAACAUUUUCCCGCCAAUUACAACACCAACCCUAGACAUUCUGCACCUAAAUCGAGGAUCAUUCAAAUUCAUUUCCACCGAGCAGGAGCAUAUAAUCCUCUAAAACCGCCUGAUUGCUGCAAGCAUCAAGCAAAAAAUGGUGAGUACUCGAACACGAAAAGAUAAAAAUGGCGGAAUUGAGCAGCAAAAGGGGGAAAAUGAAGGUGGAGUUGCAGAUUAUGAGCAAUCUCGAGAGGAACGAAUCAAGCAGAACCUUCAACGGAUGCAGGCACUCGGCAUUCUGGAGCUUUCUCGUAAACUCAAACCCCAAACCGGUCGUCCUCCGAAUUCGAAACCGAAACCGAAACCGAAACUCUUGGUGGCACCGUCUGGUUCUCCCAGACGAUCUUCUACGAUAAAGAUCUUGCCUGCUGUUAGUUACUUAGAGACAGAGAGGCGCAUUCCAAAAGAAAAGGUUGUCGUCAAGAAGCGUGUUCCGAAAGAAAAGGUUCUCAAGAAUAUCGUAAUUGUAAUAAAGGAAGGCUCAAAACCUGAGGUUUAUACUGAAGAGCAUGAAAAGAUGUUGGGCGACCACGAAGAAGCCUGGGAGCUUAUGGUGGAUGGGUAUGAUGAUGAGAAGAAUCGCAUGUAUGAUGAGUAUGCAGGAAAGAGCUGCCAUCAAUGCAGGCAGAAAACGAUAGGUCAUCGUACUAAAUGCUGCAAGUGUACAAGCGUUCAAGGGCAGUUAUGUGGCGAUUGCUUGUUCACGAGAUAUGGAGAGAAUGUUCUAGAAGCAAAUGCAAACCCAUUUUGGGUUUGUCCUGUCUGUAGAGAUAUAUGUAACUGCAAUCGCUGUCGCAGAGUUAAAGGGUGGGAGCCAACUGGAGAUCUUUACAAGAAGACAUUAUAUCUUGGGUACAAAUCAGUGGCUCAUUAUCUCAUUCACACUCGCGGGCCUCAUGGAAAGCAAGAAGACAGAGAUAAUGAAACUGCGGGUUCACCAACAGAUAAAGAAGGCGAGCAGUUGGAUGAAAAAGACGGUGAUAACAUGGGUGAGGAUGAAAUCAAAUUUGAAGUUGGAACUUGAAUACUAUUAGGCAUUGCAUAGUAGGAAAUUAGGAAUUACAUGAAAGGUGGGGUUACUGGUUUUGUGGUUCAUGCGAAAGUCGUGUGGGAGUUAACGACUUAUACAAGUUAACAUUUUGCUAAUUGAGCUUAUAACUCAUUUGAUUAUUAACAUCACAACCUGUGCGCUUGAACAUUUAUAUUAGAUGUUUAUAUAAUUUAGUGUU